GGGGCCUGCGCGGGGCCGCCCCCGCCCCGCAUCCCACACUGCCCCGCGACCGGAAGAGGGGCCGCCGCUUCCGGAACCUGCGGGCAAAUUGCUCGUGGGGACGGUGGCAGCGGAGCGGCUUUGCUCGCGAUGGCCGCGGCCGUCGCUAUGGAGACAGAUGAUGCUGGAAAUCGACUUCGGUUUCAGUUGGAGUUGGAAUUCGUGCAGUGUUUAGCCAACCCCAAUUACCUUAAUUUUCUUGCCCAAAGAGGUUACUUCAAAGACAAAGCUUUUGUUAAUUAUCUUAAGUACUUGCUUUACUGGAAAGAACCAGAAUAUGCCAAGUAUCUAAAGUACCCACAGUGUCUGCACAUGCUCGAGCUGCUCCAGUACGAGCACUUCCGCAAGGAGCUGGUGAACGCUCAGUGCGCCAAGUUUAUCGACGAGCAGCAGAUUCUGCACUGGCAGCACUAUUCCCGGAAGCGGAUGCGCCUUCAGCAAGCCCUGGCGGAACAGCAGCAGCAGAAUAACGCAGCGGGAAAGUGAGAGCCGGGUCCAGGACUGGCUUCCGGGACGCGUCCAUACUGCUCUCGUGCAGAGAACACACAGACUCUCCGGGCUGCCUUCCCCGGGGCGGCACCUAGAACUGCAGUGUAUUGUUCAGUGCAGCUAACUUUUUGCUAAUAGAUUACUUCUGUCCAACCAGAAUCGUUCUCCUUUGGUUUCCCUGUGGAUUUGUAAGUUAUGAUUAGUACUCGACCAACUGAAUAAAAACAGAAACGUUAGGUGCUUUAAA